AUGAAUUCUUUUAUGAUAAAAUUAGAGUAAGAAUGUCAUCAAUAAUAGGUAAUACUAUUAAAAAUGUCAAAAAAAAUAAUGAUUUAUUUUAAUCAUAUAAAAAUUAAAAAUCAGAUUAAAUUAAGUAAUAAUAAGUAGUUUAUAGUAAAAGAUCUAAAACCUAAGAGGAAUUAUAGUAAUUGUAUUAACAAUCAGAAAAUGCAAUGCAAAUAUAAAGCCAUUUAGUAGAGUCCUAAUUUAGAUGAAAGUAGAAUUAGUACUGCUGAGAAUUACAUGUAAUUAAUAAAAAGUUCGAAUAGAGUCUAUUUUCUUAGAAAUAUAAUCGUUCUUGGAUUCACUCAAUAUUAUUGGUCAAACUGUUGCAAAAUGCCUCACUUUGUUUAAUGGACUAUAAAAUUUCUGGGUUUGUCCUUUAUUUUUAGUCUUUAAAAGAAUGAAGGAAAGAAAUAGAAUCUAAAGUCAAUUCAUUUUGUCUAGAUGAAUGGGAAUAUAUUAUAUCUUGUUUUGAAUUUGAAAAUUAUUGUAAUAAAGUUAAAUAAGAUAAUUAAUUUGUUUAAAAUGAUUUAAAUUUAUUCCUUAUUAGAGCAAAAGAAAAGGCUAAAAAAUAAGAUAAAAAUCAAAAAGAUAAAGUUUUACGGUUUUUAAAUGAUUUUAUUGAUGAUGACAUUAUAGAUAUAUGUUAGACUUAUUUUUAUGGAUAAAUAUAUUAGAAUAUCAAAGAAGAAAAAGGAGUGCCAAAAUCAACUUUAGAAUGGUUAAGACUUCAAAUAUAAGCUUAAGCAUCUUUCAUUAUUUUUGAAUUACCUAUUUUAAUGUGUGAUAAAGAAAACUUUACUUAUGAAAGUUUACCUCGUUAAUGUUCUUUCUUUUUUUUGA